AUGACAACAAAACAAAGAGUCUAUUCUAUAUCAAAGGUUUAUGCCGAUGUUAAUAGUAAGAAGCCGUCAGAGUACUGGGAUUAUGAGAAUCAUAAGAUAGGUUGGGGUGAUAUCAAGAAUUAUGAGAUAGUGAGCAAGAUUGGUAGGGGAAAAUAUUCAGAAGUAUUUCAAGGAAUCAAUGUCUUGAAUGAUGAGCCAUGUGUGAUUAAAGUGUUGAAACCGGUAAAGUUGAAGAAAAUAUACCGAGAAGUUAAGAUUUUACAAAAUUUGACAGGAGGGCCCAACGUAGUGGGACUUCUAGACGUGGUGCGUGAUGAACAAUCAAAAAUACCUGCAUUGAUUUUCGAAAAGGUUAAUAAUGUCGACUUUAGAGUCUUGUAUCCCAAGUUCACGAUCAAGGAUAUACAGUAUUAUUUUACGCAACUUUUGAUAGCCUUGGACUACUCGCAUUCAAUGGGUAUAAUACAUAGAGACGUCAAGCCGCAAAACAUUAUGAUAGAUCCUAUGAAUAAGAAGUUAAGAUUGAUAGACUGGGGUUUAGCUGAAUUUUAUCAUGCGGGUAUGGACUACAAUGUUCGAGUGGCAUCGAGAUACCACAAGGGACCAGAGUUGUUGGUGAAUUUACAACAAUAUGAUUAUUCGCUUGAUCUAUGGUCGGUUGGGUGUAUGUUAGGGGCCAUAAUAUUCAAGAAGGAGCCGUUGUUUAGAGGAGAUUCGAAUAACGACCAGUUGGUUCAGAUUGCCAAGGUGUUAGGAACAGAAGAGUUGAUGAGCUACGUGAACAAAUAUGGCAUAAAACUUAGCCUGGACUACGAUAGCAUUCUAGGUAACUAUCCAAAGAAGACAUGGAAAUCUUUUAUAAAUAAUGAAAACAGGUACUUGAUAAGUGAUGAAGUGUUGGAUUUGAUUGACAAGUUGUUACAAUAUGAUCACCAAUUGAGACCGACAGCAAAGGAAGCUAUGAAUCAUCCAUUUUUUAAGCUACAAAGCUGA